AAACAGAGUGGCCACGGUAAUAACCGCUCAGGCUCUGCUCGAAAUCUCUCUCUUUUCCUGCAAAUUUCAAGCUCUAUUUGAACUCUCUGAAGACAUAAAAACACUCAUCCUGAUUCUUUUCCUCUUUCUUCAAUUACAAUCUCUUUCUCUCUCUCUCUCUCUCUUAAUCGGCGAUUAUAUAAUAUAAUAUAUAUAUAUAUAGGUGCAUAGUGUUGCUCCAUUUGCGUUCUCUCUCUCUCUCUCUCUCUAUCUCUACCGUUUUGAGAUGGAGAGCUUGCCGACGACGACGGCGAAAUCGGAAAGACGGUGGAGAUCGAAGCCUCUUCAGAACUCCAGACCUACGCUCCUAUUAGCUUUCUUCUCUUGCGUGGCUUGGCUCUAUGUCGGCGGACGGUUGUGGCAAGAUUCGGAAAGUAGAGCAUUGCUCGUUUCCCUUCUCAAGCGGAACGCAGACCAGAGACCAAAGGUUCUUUCAGUCGAAGAUAAGUUGACAGUGCUUGGAUGCAAAGAUCUGGAGAGGAGGAUUGUGGAAGCUGAGAUGGACCUGACAUUGGCAAAGAGUCAAGGAUACCUGAAGAAUCAAUUGCGACAAAGUGGAUCUUCUUCUGCCCAACUUCUAGCUGUUAUUGGAGUUUAUACAGGGUUUGGUAGUAAAUCGAAGCGCCAUGUCUUCAGAGGAUCUUGGAUGCCGACAGGUGAUGCAUUGAGAAAACUCGAAGAAAAAGGAGUAGUCAUACGUUUUGUAAUUGGUCGGAGUGCUAACCGGGGUGAUAGCUUAGAUCGCAUUAUUGAUGAGGAAAAUCGCUCGACAAAGGAUUUCCUAAUUCUUGAUGGUCAUGAGGAGGCUCAAGAAGAGUUGCCGAAGAAAGCAAAGAUCUUCUUCAGUACUGCCGUUCAAAACUGGGAUGCAGAAUUUUACGUCAAAGUUGAUGAUAAUAUUAACCUCGAUCUUGAGGGGUUAAUUGGACUUCUUGAUCGUCGUCGUGGUCAAAACAGUUCUUAUAUUGGAUGCAUGAAAUCGGGAGAUGUGAUAUCUGAGGACGGAAAGCCUUGGUAUGAACCGGAGUGGUGGAAAUUCGGAGAUGAGAAAUCGUACUUCCGACAUGCAUCUGGUUCACUUAUGAUUCUCUCCAAGAAUUUGACUUUGUAUAUUAAUAUUAACAGUGCUUCCUUGAAGACUUAUGCUCAUGAUGAUAUAUCAGUGGGUUCAUGGAUGAUGGGUGUCCAAGCAACAUAUAUAGAUGAUAGUCGCCUUUGCUGCAGUAGCAUUAGACAAGCUAAGAUCUGCUGGGCGAAUCUGUAUUUGACAAUAUUAGUGAACUCUUUCCAGAUAAGGUGUGUUCUCUGGCAUAAAGAAAGGAGAUAACUUUAUAUCGGAAGAAACAUGUAGAAAUCCUUUCGCAGGUUGUUGAUCUGGGUUUUCGGAAAGUUGUUCUGGGCCAUCAGCAUUACUUGUGGAUCAUCAUUUGCACAUCUAUGUGUCAAAAAUUUGGUAGAUUACAUUUUACAGGGACUGGCAGGAAAUUCUUUGUAGGAUACAUAUACACAGAUUCAGUUUUUGUAUGAAACAUUGGAAUAAUUCGGAACAGUAUAAUAUUUUUUCAAUCAAUUGCUUU